AUGUCUGUCCCACCAGUGAGAUUUGAGGAAGUGGCUUUCAACUAUGGAUUUAUCCCUGCGGACCCGUAUACCAGUAGGAGUUACUGCCGCGUCUACCGCCUGUUCUUGAAACGCCUGGAAGAAGAGAGCAGCGUUGUUCUUGUUCGCGGAAACGAGCGAGUGAUUCAACUGAAGGAUAUUACUGGGCCACGGGAAGACCGUGAGAAGGUCACCAUAUUCAGUCAGGAUAUCAUCGAUUUUUAUCCAUUUAAUUUGAGAAACAAGACUGUUGGGUUCUUGAUCCAAGCAGCGAGGAGGUCUAAAACUGGCUUCUGGUUCCUUGUGUUUCAACGUGAAGGACAAUAUUUGGCAUUUUGUGAUUUUCUUCACUGGCUCAUUUACGGACGAGUGCCGAGAAGUCGAAGACCGAUGUCACCAUCGCGAGACCCCCUAGCCUUGCGCUCUUACUACAAUUCGCCAUCUAGGCGACCAUCUAAACGCAGAUCGAGUUCAUGCCCUGCGUACCGCUCACUCUCACAACUAGACGAAGAUCCGCUUGUACUUCCAGAAGAUGUCCCACUUUCACUGCUGGUAGAAGAGGAAGAACAGUCGCUGGAGCUACCAGAAGAGGAACUUUCACUGUCACUUUCGUCUGAGGAAAACGAAGUAGAACUGCUUUCUGAUGAUGAGGAGUCAGAAGACGAGGAUUUUGAAGAGCGUUUUUGCGCAGUUUUUCUUCAAAGAAAAAUUCGUUACAUGUAUCAAAGGUGA